AUGUCCGCGGAAAAACCGACCACUGCGUGUAAAGUUGUCACUGCAAGUCGCAUCGCUAAGAAGUAUACCGAAGAGAUUAAGGCCCAUAUCGCCAAACUCGACCAUCCGUUAACGUUAGUUGGUCUCCUUGCCAACGCUGAUCCUGCCGCUAAGCUCUAUGCUAACUGGACCGGCAAGACUGCCAAGCAGUUGGGCUUCAAUUACAGGCUUAUCGAGAUUCCUCAAAAGGAUCAGCUAGAAGAGGAAAUUUACCAAGUAAAUAACGAUGAAUCGGUUGAUGGAAUCAUCGUGUAUUUUCCUGUUUUUGGUAACAGACAGGACCAAUAUCUUCAGCAGUGUGUUGCCAUAGAUAAGGAUGUAGAAGGCUUGAACUUCAAGUACAUCUCUAAUAUGUAUCAUAAUGUUCGUUAUAUGGAUGAUGGUGAGACUAAGAAAUCUAUUUUACCGUGUACACCGUUGGCUGUUAUCAAGAUCAUGGAAUAUUUGGGUGUUUACAACGAGUUGCUUGAUUACGGUGAUAGGCUUUACGGUAAAACUGUCACGGUGGUGAAUAGAUCCGAGAUUGUUGGUAGACCUUUGGCUGCUUUACUUGCCAAUGAUGGUGCUAGAGUUUACUCUGCGGAUAUCAACGAUAUCCAAAUUUACGAGAGAGGUGUUGGCCUUAGACUUAGACAACAUCAAGUCAAAGAGUGUAAUUUGACAUUGGAGCAAUGUGCUAAAAGCUCUGAUAUUAUCAUUACCGGUGUCCCUUCCAAGGAUUAUAAAUUCCCCACCCAAUACAUUAAAAGGGGUGCAGUUCUUAUCAAUUUCUCCAGUGAAAAGAACUUCGAUGAUGAGGCUGUACGGAAGGUUGCAUCCAUGUAUGUUCCUAUGAUUGGUAAAGUCACCAUUUCAAUGCUUCUUAGAAACUUGUUAAGAUUAAGAGAAAACCGCUUGGCUUAG